AUGGUGGUGGAGUGUGUGCGGAGACACAGCUCGGUGACAGGAGACGGCUCCAAGACCUUCGUCCUGCUGCUCGCCUCAUUGCUACGGGAGAUACAGAAACACACCCGAAAAGCCCCCUGGGAAGGCGCAGGUGCCAAGCGUUUGGCUGAAGCUCUGCUAGUCUUUGGAUUGGACGAGCUCAGUGAUGUCAUCACUGUUGGAGUGGCUCCACAUGGCUCAUCCCUUUCAGACACACACAACCCAGGACAAACAGACACACACACUCUGUGCCGCCUACUCAGUGCUUUCCUUCACACCCGGAUCAGCCCUACUCAUGCUGAAAUCAUCAGCCAACUGACCUGUGAGCUGCUCUCCCAUUGGAGCUGCAAUGGCGACUUCGUUAACGAACACUUCCCUGCUCUGCACACAGCAGUAUCAGGCUUCCCUAUUGGCUGUUCCCGUCUGCUGGAGGGCCAGGUCAUACAUGCAGAUUUCUCUACACCCCUCCCACUCCGCGACCAUGGACCAAUCAGGGCCCUAGUGGUGACGGAACCCCUGGAACCCAGCCUACUGAUUGGUGGAACUGUGCUGGAGCUGGGUGGGGCUAAUAGAGGGAUAGAAAGUGUGUGUGUGAGGUCAGGGCGGGGGUUAGAGAGUGUGUGUGUCAUCCUACAGCAUCUAGGAGUGUCUCUGCUCCUCUCAUCAGUCAGACAGUCGGAGGCCGUCCUGGCUGCAGCGGGGAGGUAUGGGGUGUGUGUGUUAGAGUGUGUGUGUGAAGACGACCUCACCUUCUUCUCUCUGCUCAGCGGAGCCCAGCCUGUCUCAGACUGGGCCGUGAUUGGACAGGAACAUGUUGCUACGGUUACCUUCUGCCGGCCGCUGGUGCUGGGAGCUCACAGGUAUGGUAACAGGAUAGUUACACGCACACACACACACUCACACACACACACUAUUCUAAUUAUGUGGUUUUCUCUCUCCCAGAUAUGUCAAUGUGGGGUUUCCUAAGCCAGAGGACAGGGGCAGACCCCACAGUCUGGUUGUGUGUGGACUGACAGAGGGCCAGACGGAACAGAGUGUGUGUGCUGUACGAGAUGCUCUACACAUGCUGCAUACUACCUGGGGGACCACACACAGGACUAGAGCUACAGACAGAACCGUUUACACAGACACAGACACACACACAGACACAGACCCAGACGUGAUGGAGCCUUGUCGUGUCAUUUCCAUGGGCGGGACCUUUGAGUUCCUGUUACACCACACCCUCCUACAGCACACACACGCAAACAAAGACAUUCACACUCCAUCACACUUGGACACCCCUGCCGUCUCGGGGAUGCUAGCGGAGGCUCUACUGAUUGUGCCCAGACAGAUCUACUCCCACAGUCCUCGGCGCUACCUGGAGGCUCACGCACACACUCUCAGCUGCAUACGUAAACAUGGUAACUCUCCGGACCCGCCGGAGACGAGUGCUGUUCUGGCAGCGGAUGGUUCUAAUAUGGUUCAGGCUGACACUGGGUCAGGGUCUAUGUCUGGGUCAGGAUCUGGGUCAGGGGUAAAGGAGGUGUCGGUUGGGUCAAGCUCUGGCUCUAGUUCUGGUGUGGAGUCAGUGUCCUGUAAGUAUCAACUGAUCCUGGCUGUUCUACAGUGUCUCAGGAGUCUACUGUCUGUGGACACUGUACUACACACUAAUACCUCACACACCUGUCAGAGAGAAGAGGAGGAGAAUGGCGACUGA